AUGUUAAAUCAAAUAACUUUACAAAAACAACAUCAAUUGAUGAAUUUAGCAAGAAAUAAAUUAGUAACAUGUGUUAAUAUGGAAUCACAAAGUAAACAAUAUGAUUUAAGAAAAUUAGUCGCACAUGCUAAUUUAUAUGAUAAAUUAUCUGCAAGUAUUGUAUUAAAUAACAAUUUAAUUAAAGAACAAUAUUUAAACGAACAACAAAAACAAGAAAAUUAUAUUAAACAAGUUUAUAUAUCAGAUUCUGAAACAGAUUCAAAUUCGGAUUUAGAUUCGGAUUCGGACUCAGAUUCUGAUUGGGACUCAAUUUCUGAAUCGGAUUCGGAUUCGGAUUUUGAAUAUGAAUAUGAUUUUGGUGAACAAAUCGAUAAUGUCCCACGUCAUUGUAAAAUUAGCGAUUUAUCUUUAAUGCCAAGCGUAAGUCAUAAAGAAUAUGCUUCAAUUCAUUUAGAUAAACAACUUUCAGUUUAA